CUGCCUUCUUGAGGCCAAGUAGACUUUGCAUCCACACCAAGGAGGUCUCUGCCAUAUACCAAGGAGUGGAUGUGGAAUGAGUUCCCCUCUGUUCCUUUCUGAGGGGGAAACUGUUGCCUUCUGAAAAGGAAGAUUUGUCCUUCUUGCUUCUCCAAAGAUGUCAACAGAGAAGGUGUGGUUAAGGUUGGGAAACCUUAGUGCAGAGUGAUGUGCUCCAGGUGGGGGCAUGAGCAGUAGAGUAGAGGUUCCAAACAGGUACUCCUCUCCUGCGGGACCCUGGGAGGGAAUCAGAACCCGCCAGAAGGUGAAGCCAUUAGUCAGAGCCUCCCUUGCUGACCCAAUCAUCUCUUCUUUAACCAAAGGCUCCCAAAAAGAAAGGGAAGAAAGGGAAAGCCAAAGGUACCCCGAUUAUUGACGGGCUCGCUCCGGAGGACAUGAGCAAGGAGCAGGUGGAGGAGCAUGUCAGCCGCAUCCGGGAGGAGCUGGACCGCGAGCGGGAGGAGCGCAACUACUUCCAGCUGGAGCGGGACAAGAUCCACACUUUCUGGGAGAUCACGCGGAGGCAGCUGGAGGAGAAGAAGGCCGAGCUGCGGAACAAAGACCGGGAGAUGGAGGAGGCUGAGGAGAGGCACCAGGUGGAGAUCAAGGUCUACAAGCAGAAGGUGAAGCACCUGCUGUACGAGCAUCAGAACAACCUGACGGAGAUGCAGGCUGAGGGCACGGUGGUCAUGAAGCUGGCCCAGAAGGAGCACUGCACACAGGAGGGCCUGCUGCGCAAGGACGUGCGGGCACUGAAGGUGGAGCUCAAGGAGCAGGAGCUGGCCAACGAGGUGGUGAUGCAGAACCUGCGGCUGAAACACUCCGAGGAAAUCACCAAGAUGCGAAACGACUUCGAGAGGCAGGUGCGAGAAAUUGAGGCCAAGUACGAUAAGAAGAUGAAGAUGCUUAGGGAUGAGCUCGACCUGCGGAGAAAGACUGAGAUCCACGAAGUGGAGGAGAGGAAGAACGGCCAGAUCAACGUGCUGAUGCAGCGGCACGAGGAGGCCUUCACAGACAUCAAGAACUACUACAACGACAUCACCCUCAACAACCUGGCGCUCAUCAAUUCCCUCAAGGAGCAGAUGGAGGACAUGCGGAAGAAGGAGGAACACCUCGAGAGGGAGAUGGUGGAGGUGUCUGUACAGAACAAGCGCCUGGCAGACCCUCUCCAGAAGGCUCGGGACGAGAUGAAAGAGAUGCAGAAGAAGCUCGUGAACUAUGAGAGAGACAAGCAGAUCCUGGUUUGCACAAAAGCACGUUUGAAGGUCACUGAGAAAGAGCUGAAGGGUCUGCAGUGGGAGCAUGAGGUGCUGGAGCAGCGGUUCAUGAAGGUGCAGCAGGAGCGGGAUGAGCUCUACCAGAAGUUCACUGUGGCCAUCCUGGAGGUGCAGCAGAAGGUGGGCUUCAAGAACCUGGUCCUGGAACGCAAACUGCAGGCGCUGAACACUGCUGUGGAGAAGAAAGAGGUGCAGUUCAAUGAGGUGCUGGCGGCCUCCAACCUGGACCCCGCGGCUCUGACCCUCGUGUCCCGCAAGCUGGAGGAUGUUCUGGAAUCAAAGAACAGCGCCAUCAAGGACUUGCAAUACGAGCUGGCUCGAGUCUGCAAGGCCCACAACGACCUGCUGCGCACCUACGAGGCGAAGCUCCUGGCCUUCGGGAUCCCCCUGGACAACGUGGGCUUCAAGCCCCUGGAGACGGCUGUGAUUGGGCAGACGCUGGGCCAGGGCCCCGCGGGACUCGUGGGCACCCCAACAUAGUCCCCGCCUGGGACUGGAGGAUACCCUCUUUCACACACCGAGGACAGUAGGUGUUUGUUUUUUAGAUUUGUGUCGUCAGCAAAUGAAGGUUCUUCACAUUGGCUGUGUCCUGUUGCGUGGCUAUGUGGGGCCCACUACA